AUGUGACUCAGUUCCAAAAUGUCCAUUCUUGCCGCAGUGGGCUAUCGGAUUCUUGUCUGGGAUUGUUGAAACGGGGCAUCCAGUUAAUGAUCAUUUCUGGAGUGUCCAUUUCCUUCAAAAAUGGGGUACUAGAAAGCUGGAGGGCUUUAGCAUUCAUAGGACUAGUUCCCUGUGUAGUGACCAUUUUCGGUCUCUUUUUCAUUCCCGAGUCUCCAAGAUGGUUGCUGGUUGGCUUCUAAUCCACUAGUUAAUUGAUCAUUGAAAUGGCACAAGAAGUUGUAAAUUCAGAUGAGGUUGUUCUUGGAGAAGAAAUAGACCAUGUGAGGUUGAUCACCUUGAACAGGCCUCGUCAUUUGAAUGUCAUCUCAUCAAAAGUCGUUUCUUUGCUAGCAAAAUACUUGGAAAAGUGGGAAAAAGAUGAAAAAGCUGAGCUUGUAAUUAUCAAGGGAUCGGGUCGAGCUUUUUCAGCUGGUGGGGACUUGAAGAUGUUCUAUGAUGGUAGGAACUCAAAGGAUUCCUGCCUUGAAGUGGCUUACAGAAUGUAUUGGCUUGGCUAUCACAUUCAUACUUAUAAGAAAACCCAGGUGGCUCUGGUCCAUGGAAUUUCAAUGGGUGGAGGCGCAUCUUUAAUGGUCCCAAUGAAGUUCUUGGUAGUCACAGAAAAAACUGUAUUUGCAUCUCCGGAAGCUAGUAUUGGCUUUCAUACUGAUUGUGGUUUCUCAUAUGUAUCCCAUCUUCCUGGGCAUCUCAGGGAGUUCUUUGCCUUAACAGGAGCAAGACUGAAUGGUAAGGAAUUGGUUGCAGCUGGAUUGGCAACCCAUUUUGUCCCUCUUGAGGUGAUUUUCUCAUUCCUUCCCUAUAAUUUUCUUCCUCUGAAACCAAGUCUCGGAAGUAUUAGCUCACAAGAUUUGCCCCUCUAA